AUGACCAAGGAUUUGAGAGAGCUGACAGAGGGGAUCAAGGAGAAGGUGGUGGAGGAGGUGGAGAAGAAAACAGCAGUGAUGGAGAAGAAGACAGCAGAGCUGAUGGAGGUGGUCGAGAAAGCAGCACAGCAGGCGGGCAAUACAGGCAGUUCCCUGUACAGAGACGCACUUGUAAGGGCGGUCUCUGGGGCACCUCUGGAUGCUAACCCUAGGUUGGCCGCAAAGGAGGGCAUCAGGCAGCGACAGUUGCUAAUCGACCUACCCAAGGACUCCAGGCUCAGGGAAUGCGCAAUCAUGGUAUUGGUGGGCAAGUUCUCAGAAGCCAUGGGGAAGGCGACAGCGAACCAACACAAGAUGAGGUCGGCUUUGAAGUUGCAGAACAGUGGUGUACUGGUUGAGAUGGCUACGGAUGAAGGCACAACGUGGCUUGCAUCCAAGCCCAACACAGGAGCCUUCCUGCAGGAGCUGGGGGAGUCAGAGGCCUCGUUCAAGACGAGGUCUUACAAUGUCAUCGCUUACUAUGUGCCUUUGAACCUAGAUACCAACAGCGACAAGGACAGGAAGGAAAUAGAGGAAACCAACACACUAGUGGCUACCACUUUAUUUCUAUAA